AUGGUUUCAACAAACGGUGCUGUUAUCGUCAUCAUGGGUGUAUCCGGAGCCGGAAAAACCACAAUUGGUCAGAAGCUGGAAAAAGUGAUUAAAUAUAAGUAUCUUGACGCAGAUGAUUUUCAUUCUCAAUCAAACAAAGAAAAAAUGAGUAUGGGAAUCCCGCUUACAGAUGAAGACAGGAAGCCAUGGCUUGAAUCGCUGAGAGAUGCCAUUGAAGAAUACUUGAUUAACAAAAAGGGUUUGGUUCUCGGUUGCUCUGCUUUGAAGAAACAAUAUAGAGAAAUACUUAGAUCAGGUGAUCCUGAUUAUAAAUCAGAGGGUUAUAAAAGUGCGGUUAACUUCGUUCUAUUGGAUGUUCCGGCUGAAGUGCUGAUUGCUCGAGUUAAUAAGAGGGCGUCCGAAGGAAAACAUUAUAUGCCUGCUUCUCUUCUGCAAUCUCAGUUGGAUUUGCUUAACAUUGAUGAGUCUGAGGGAAUACUUAAAGUUGAUGCUACUUUAAGUCCUGAAUCCAUUGUUGACACCAUUAGAGAAAUGCACCCUUUUCGGGGCUAUUUUCAAUCAUGA